AUGGCGCCUAAGAAGAAGGGCAAUAAGAAGCAGGAGCAGGACUGGGAGGCUGAUCUCGGUGAGGCCGCCCCCACCACCGAUGCUCCGGCUGAGCAACCCAAAGAAGAAGACAAUGAGGAGGAAGCACCAGUCGGUGGCCUUAUGGCUGCUUUGAGAAAGAACAAGGCCAAGAAGGCUAAGAAGGGCAAGGUGGUCAACGAUUUCGUCGAGGGCGAGGAUGCGGCGCCCAUCGACCCUCUGGCCAACAAGGAGCCCGAGGAGGGUACCUUCGAUGAAGACGAUGUAUUCGCUGGAAAGGCCAAGCCCAUCAAAGAGAUUAAGGAAGUGGCCAAGCCUGCUCCGGAAGAGCCUGCGGGCGAGUUCCGAGUGAAGACCAAGAAGGAGAAAGAGCGCGAGAAGAAGGAGAAGGAGAAGCAGCGCAAGAAGGAGCAGGCUGCCCAAAAGAAAAAGCUCACCCCCGCUGAACAGAAGGCCGAAGACAAGAAGGUUGCUGCCGCCGAGGCCAAGAAGAAUGAGCUCGCCGCUGCUGCGCCCGCCGCAGAGACCGGUAAGAAGAAGAAGCUUCCUCCCGCCCUCGCAGCCCUUCAGAAGCAACAGGAGGCUCUCCGAAAGCAGCGUGAGGAGGAGGAGCGACUUAAGGAGGAAGAGAGGGCUGAGGCCGCUAGGCAGAAGCUUCUCGAUGAGGAGGAAGAGAAGAAGCGCGCAGAGGCUCGUGAGCGCAAGAAGGAGAAGGAGCGUGAGAAGAAGGAGCAGCUACGCAAAGAAGGUAAGCUGCUUACCAAGGCCCAGCGAGAGGCCAAGGAGCGCAACGAACUGCGCAUGCAGCAGAUGAUUGCUGCCGGUGCCAAGGUCGCUGGCUUGCAGGAAGACGCCGAGAAGAAGCGUCCUGUUUACGAUACCAAAAAGGAGAACAAGAAGAAGAGGGCUGGCAAGAAGCAGGAAGAGGAUCUUGAAGCUGCCGCUGCUCGAGCCCAGGCUCAGCGUGAGGCUGAAGAUGCACGUCGCAAGAAGGAGGCUGAGGAGAAGGCCAAGGCCGAGGCUGCUGCUGCCGCUCCUCAAGACGAGGCCGACGCUAUUGACGACUGGGAGCAGGCUGCCGACGAGGACGUCAAGGACAGCUGGGAUGCUGAGUCUGACGAGGAAGAGAAGGCCGCUGCCGAGGCACCCGCACCCGCACCUGAGACGAAGGCUGAAGAGAAAGAAGAGGAGUCUGAGUCUGACUCGGACGAGUCAUCCGACGAAGACUCGUCCGAUGAGGAGCAGACCGCGAACCAGAGGGCCAUCCAGGCAAGAAAGGCCGAGGCCGCGGAGCGCAGAAAGGCCAAGCACGAGGAGGCCAUGGCAGCUCGUUCGAAGGACGAUCUCCGAUCUCCUAUUUGCUGUAUUCUUGGUCACGUCGAUACUGGUAAGACCAAGCUGUUGGACAAGAUUCGCCAGACCAACGUGCAGGAGGGCGAAGCAGGUGGUAUCACCCAACAGAUUGGUGCCACUUACUUCCCUGUCGAUUCCCUGCGUACCAAGACCAAUGUUGUCAACAAGGAUGGCAAGUUUGAGUUCAAGAUCCCCGGUCUGUUGAUUAUCGAUACCCCCGGUCACGAGUCCUUCUCCAACCUGCGUUCAAGAGGUUCCUCUCUUUGCAACAUCGCUAUUCUGGUCGUGGAUAUCAUGCACGGUCUCGAGCCCCAAACCCUCGAGUCUAUGCGUUUGCUGCGUGACCGCAAGACUCCUUUCAUUGUCGCAUUGAACAAGAUCGAUCGUCUAUACGGCUGGAAGAAGAUCGAUAACAACGGUUUCCAAGACAGUUUGGCCAUGCAGAACAAGGGCGUUCAAAACGAGUUCCGCACUCGUCUUGAAGCGACCAAGCUUGCUUUCGCCGAGCAAGGUUUCAACUCCGAGCUCUUCUUUGAGAACAAGUCUAUGUCUCGCAACGUCUCUCUCGUGCCCACCUCCGCCCACACCGGAGAGGGUGUUCCUGACAUGCUGAAGCUUCUUACUUCCCUGAGUCAGGAGCGUAUGACCAACGCACUGAUGUACUUGUCCGAGGUUGAAUGUACAGUUCUGGAGGUCAAGGUCAUUGAGGGUCUCGGUACCACCAUUGACGUUAUCUUGUCCAACGGUAUCCUUCGCGAGGGUGAUCGCAUCGUGCUGUGCGGUCUUAAUGGACCUAUAACAACAAACAUUCGUGCGCUCCUGACACCAGCACCUCUCAAGGAAUUACGUCUCAAGUCUCAAUAUGUUCACAACAAGGAGGUGAAGGCUGCCCUUGGUGUGAAGAUCGCUGCCAACGAUCUGGAGCAUGCUAUCGCCGGUUCUCGCAUGCUUGUCGUUGGCCCUGACGAUGAUGAGGAGGAUCUCGAGGAGGAGGUCAUGUCCGAUCUGGAGUCACUGCUGAGCCGUGUCUCGACGGAUCAGCGUGGUGUCACAGUCCAGGCCUCCACCCUGGGUUCUCUUGAAGCUCUUCUGGAGUUCCUUAAGGUCUCCAAGAUUCCCGUCGCCAAUAUCUCGAUCGGUCCCGUCUACAAGCGUGAUGUCAUGAUGGCCGGAACCAUGCUUGAGAAGCAUAAGGAGUACGCUGUCAUGCUGUGCUUCGAUGUCAAGGUCGACAAGGACGCGCAGGCCUAUGCCAACGAAAUUGGUGUGAAGAUCUUCACCGCAGACAUCAUUUACCACUUGUUCGAUGCCUUCACUGAGCAUAUGGCUAAGCUCACAGAGCUGCGCAAGGAGGAAGCUAAGCUUCUUGCCAUCUUCCCCUGUAUCAUCAAGCCCAUUGCUGUCUUCAACAAGACCGAUCCCAUUGUCAUCGGUGUCGAUGUCAUUGAGGGAAGUCUGCGUCUCCACACUCCUCUCGCUGCGGUCCGAACUAACGCCGCUGGCGUGAAGGAGAUCGUUGACAUUGGAAGAGUCACAUCCAUCGAGCGCGACCACAAGGCCGUCCCGGUCUGCAAGAAAGGCCAGCCCUCCGUCGCUGUCAAGGUCGAGGGUCCUAACCAGCCCAUGUAUGGCCGUCACCUCGAAGAGAAGGACCAGUUGAUCUCGCACAUCUCUCGUGCCAGUAUCGACACUUUGAAGGAAUUCUACCGCUCCGAGGUCACCAUGGAUGAAUGGGGACUGGUCAAGAGGCUCAAGCCCGUCUUUGACAUUCCUUGA